CCCGCACCCGCUAACACACCGCGGCUGCCGCACUCUCCGGAGCAGGGCUAGAGCAUCCCAAGAUGUGCCGCGGAGCGCUCUGGGUGGCCCUGCCUGUGCUCUCCCUGCUGGCCUGCUCCGCGCAGGGGAAGCCACUGGAGAUCCGGGGGCGGGGGUCGGCUGGGGCAGAUGCCCACCGCCUGCUAGGCGGGCCCGGAGGUGAGCGGGAGCGGGGCACCUUCGACCUGAGGAUGUUCCUGGAGAACAUGAAGGUGGAUUUCCUGCGCAGCCUCAACCUGAGCGGGGUCCCUUCCCAGGAUAAAACCCGAGCCGAGCCGCCGCAGUACAUGAUCGACCUGUACAACAGAUACACCACCGACAAGACAUCCACCCCCGCAUCCAAUAUCGUGCGCAGCUUCAGCAUGGAAGAUGCCAUCUCUAUAGCCGCCACAGAAGACUUCCCUUUCCAGAAACACAUCUUGCUCUUCAACAUCUCCAUUCCCAGGCAUGAGCAGAUCACCAGGGCCGAGCUCCGACUCUACCUCUCCUGUCAAAGUCACGUGGACUCCUCUCACGAGCUGAAAGGAAACAUGGUCAUUUAUGAUGUUCUGGAUGGAGCCAAUGCCUGGGAUGCUUCUGGGGGAACAAAGACCUUCCUGGUGUCUCAGGAUAUCCGGGACGAGGGCUGGGAGAACUUUGAGGUGUCCAGUGCUGUGAAGAGGUGGGUCCGAGCAGACCCCACUAAGAGCAAAAACAAACUGGAAGUGACAGUGGAGAGUCACAGGAAGGGCUGUGACAAGCUGGAUAUCAGUGUCCCCCCCAGCUCCAAAAACCUGCCAUUCUUUGUCGUCUUCUCCAAUGACCGCAGCAAUGGCACCAAGGAGACUAGGCUGGAGCUCAGGGAGAUGAUCGGCCACGAGCAGGAGAGUGUGCUCAAGAAGCUGUUCAAGAACGGCCUGAUGGAGGCGGGUGAGAACAAGGACGACGACGAGGAGGAUGUGCAAAGCCACACGGCUGUGAGCUCGUCUUCGGCCAGGCGGAAGAGGAGUGCCGGUGCCAACAACCACUGUCAGAAGACCUCCCUGCGGGUGAACUUCGAGGACAUCGGCUGGGACAGCUGGAUCAUUGCGCCCAAGGAGUACGAUGCCUUUGAAUGUAAAGGCGGCUGCUUCUUCCCCCUCGCUGACGAUGUGACCCCGACGAAACACGCCAUCGUGCAGACCCUGGUGCAUCUCAAGUUCCCCAUGAAGGUGGGCAAGGCCUGCUGUGUGCCCACCAAACUGAGCCCCAUCUCCAUCCUCUACAAGGAUGACAUGGGGGUCCCCACCCUCAAGUACCACUACGAAGGGAUGAGCGUGGCCGAGUGUGGGUGCAGGUAGUGCUGGCCCGUGGGUGGGGGAGGCAGGGUGGAGGGGGCUCCUAGUGAGAGGUCCUGUGUCCUGCUGGGCAUGACAGAGACUAAGUCCACCUGGGUGGCAGCCUGGAGAAGGAAGGGGAGCCACCAGGUCCUUGUGGUAAAGACCUGCUCUCCCUCUCACGGCCCACCCCAAGCACACACCACUGGGUUGAACUGCAGGGGAGGGGAUGCCGACGGGCAAUGGGGGUUUGGGGAGAAGAGGAAA